AUGUUUCGAGAACUAGAAACAGACAUUUACCCGCUGACCUGUCUUUAUCAUUCUAGGAACAACCCGUCCCUGUCUUCUCCGGGGACUGAGUCCGGGCUGCCUGCACCUUACCCAGCCGUGUUUCCUUCUCUCCUGGGCAGCCCAGAUCCAGCUCACCUGGGGCUCCCUGAGAGCCUGGCCUCUGUCACCGUCCCCAUCCGCCUGGACGCCCUCUCCUACCUCCUGCAUAGCGCCUUGAUGGGGGCCUACAGCUUUCAGCAGUCCUUGCCCUCCUGCCCCUGCACCCCGCAGGCCUCCUGCUCCCAGCCGGGCACUGUCAAGAGGCCAUCCAGGGGACGCGGGGGCUGGGACAUCCGACGCAGGCCAGGCCGGGACCAGGGCCAGCAGCGGUGGGGACUUGGGAGGUCAGAGCAGGCAGAGAGGGGCUGGGCCAGGGGCUCUGGGGCUGGUCCCAGGACCCCGCCUAUGACGCCCCCAUCACCAAUGCCAGCUGCCCAGGAUGGGAAGAAGGAAGCCAGAAGUCCCCAGCCGCCCCCAGAGAUGCCACCUGCUGAGGACUGGGAGGCAGAGUACUAAGUCCCUGUGGGACUCUGGGGUUUUCCUGGAGGAGACGUGACCUCAGCCCUGCCAGAGACACGCAAGAAACAUCCAUUCCCCCGUCCGUUUCCCUCCAGAAACCACAGCAUCAGGAGUGGGUUCAGCAGUGCGGGUCACCUGAUGAAACCCAGACUUAACCUAGGAUCCCAAGCCAGGGAAAAACCCCCGAAUAGCAUCCCUGUGACCAAACCCAAGCCUCUUCCCAUUCCUGACACCACCCCCAACCACAGCGACACCCCUCACCAAAGCACUCUCAAGGCCCAGGGCUCCUGCAGCCCAUCCGCAGCCCCAUGCCUAACUCCAAAGCCAUUAUCACCUGCCUCUGCCAGCCCUAGCCCCCAGCCACACUGAACACCUGAAUCCCAUGGGUAUGGCCCUCUCCCUCCCCACCCGCCCUCCCUCCCAACUCCUUCAUCCUCAUUUUCCACCUGCCUCUGGAAAGUCCCCUACAUGUCCCCAGUCCUCAUCCUUCAUGUCCCUAAGCUCCAGCCCCAGACCCAGCCCCAUCUUCAGCCCCGGCCAGCCCCACCUGGUCCUCCACCUCCUUCCUGUCCCAACUGUGACAGGCUCUGUGACCCCCACCUGUAAAGAAUCCCAUUGGCCCAACCUAUCCAGACACCUGCGGGUUCCCACCCCAUUUCCGGUCCUUGGGGUGGGGGCGGGGUUGAACAAUAAAUGUCCCA